UCUCUCUCGCUCUCUGGUUCCGUCAGUGUGAAAAUGUCUCCAAUGGGUUUGCUCUGCAUUUGUGGUCUACUCUGUUUUUUCACUGUGGUUCAUGCUCGCAUCCCCGGUGUUUACACUGGUGGGCCGUGGGAAAGCGCCCACGCCACCUUCUACGGCGGCAGCGACGCCUCUGGCACUAUGGGUGGUGCGUGUGGUUAUGGCAAUCUGUACAGCCAAGGCUACGGAGUCAACACAGCCGCACUAAGCACAGCGCUAUUCAACAAUGGCCUGAGCUGUGGAGCUUGCUUUGAGAUCAAGUGUGCCGAAGACCCCAAAUGGUGCAACCCAGGAAACCCCUCAAUCUUCGUCACCGGCACAAAUUUUUGCCCGCCAAACUACGCCUUACCUAAUGACGAUGGUGGGUGGUGCAACCCUCCUCGGACCCACUUCGACCUCGCCAUGCCCAUGUUCCUUAAGAUCGCUCAGUACCGCGCCGGUAUUGUCCCGGUCAAUUUCCGCCGGGUCCCAUGCAGAAAGAAGGGAGGGAUCAGAUUCACCAUCAACGGCUUCCGUUACUUCAACCUACUUCUGAUCACCAACGUCGCUGGUGCAGGGGAUAUCACACGCGUUAGCAUCAAAGGGACCAAUACUCAAUGGAUGGCCAUGAGCCGCAACUGGGGCCAAAACUGGCAAUCCAAUGCUGUCUUUGUUGGCCAGGCCUUGUCUUUUAGGGUCACUGGCAGUGACCUACGCACCUCAACCUCUUGGAACGUGGCACCAGCUAAUUGGCAGUUUGGUCAGACGUUCACGGGCAAGAACUUCAGGGUCUAGAAAACCAUAAAAAGGAGAUAAAAAGUCUUCUUUUUAAUUUUAAGUUUUAUUUUCCCACGAUUCCCUCCUUCAGUUUUCUCUUUUUUCCUGGGAAAAUUUGGGGUUAGAGGGAGGGGGUAAUAGAAUUAGAUAGAAAUCAUAGGGUAGGAAAGUGGGUCUGUGGUAACUUUUUUUAUUAUUAUUUUUAUUUCUUGGGUUUUUGAACUUUUAUCUUUAUUGUGGGGUUGUAGCUUUAUUUAUGUUUUGGUGUUGUUGGUUAAAGUAAGAAAGGUGAAAAAGUGUAAAGAGGCUCUGAAGUGGCCUGCAGGAAAAAGAAAACAUGUAACCCGCAGCUUCUCAUCAAAUUAUCA